GGCUGCAAGCACUUUAUCAUCCCGCUCAUCAAAUUGACCCCUUCAGCUUCAGCUCCGAGUCCCCUAUGACGUCCAACGCGCGUGACGCGCCACUUACACUACAUAGUACUCCCCCAACUUGCCCGACGCCCAGACCAACAAGGAGGACGGGAGAAGCGAGGCGAGCGAGGCUCAUCACUCAGGGACCCAGGACCCCAAAGGCCGAGAUGAGAUGGGAGAUUACGCUCGCCCCAGUUCAUCUCUCAAGAACCCGAAGCUCUGGACCACCAAAGGUCCCCGGCGUCCCGAUGACUCCCUCCAUCUCUUCCGGCACAAAUGAUCUGAGAUGAGCGUGUCUCUGAGUCGUCUUUGCCGCGGAUUGUCGUCGAAUUGGACGGCUGUCUUGUAUCUCUCCUUAUCUCCUUUUCUUUCUUCUUCUGCCAUUUUCAACAUCAUUCUGCGAUAGCAACAAACGAAUCGAUAGAGCCCUUUCUCUCGUUGGAACCCUCCUGUUUUUGUUUACUGAGUUCUGCCUUGGCGUUCCAUCACUGUGACCCCCAGUUCACAACUCUUUAGUUCCGUUUACCCCUUUGUGUCGGUUGUUGAUUAAUCCCAUUCUCACGACGGAGGCACAGUAUCCGGACUGCAGGUUCCUUACUUGAGGCAGGGCCGUCCUUGUGCAUCGCAGGAAGCAGCUUUCAUCCGAACUCCUUCCUCCCAUCCAGAGCCAGGCACCAACCGACCCCUCCUGAUAAACGCCGGUACCGUGACCACAGUGACAAUGCCGUCGUCCUCCUCCGCCGCGUUUCACAACAGGCCAUCAUCCUCCGCGUCCGUGGCAUCCUCCCGGUCUUCCGCCACUAAUCCCAGGAGAGUUUCCGGUGUGCCAGCAGGUGCUGGAUCAGAUGUCCAUACAACUCCAACCUCAGCGUCAAAUCUGCAACAAAGACGGCUGUCACGAACGGCGAGCAAAGGGCAACUGGAUAAGAACAAUGCGGACGGGGAUUUAACACAGUCCUUGAACCACCUCUCCAUUUCUCUCGCGUCCCCGUCCUCCGUCACUUCACAGUCUCCUUCGCCUAGGAAGAGUCCUCGGUCUGCCAACCACCCGCCACCUGCAAUCAGUCCCCUUCGCCCCCAGUUCUCUACUUCGACUGCUGGAUCGCCAAGCGGGACGCCCUCCCGUCCCGGUAGCGCCAUGCGGAACGUAUCCUACGGCGGGCCACCGUCUCGCUCUCAAACUCCCGCACUUCGCCGCAAAGCCUCCAUGAACUCGAUCCAGGUCGCCCACAACAGCAAUGGCCAUGGACUUCGUCGAUCCAGUUCAGUCAACCUCACACCGUCCGCCGCCAAGAAGUCACCUUUGAACGACAUGUCUCCUGAUACGUCCGAGUUCAAAGUGCCGCCCACCCCGCAAUCCAUCGCGAGUGACCACUUCAAGGCCGAACUUGAGAUUCAUCACGGACAUGAUCCAAAGCUGUCGGCCGAGACCAUUGUUAUUCUGAACGAUGCAUGCUAUGGACAUCGCUAUUCUCGACCCCGGACAUCCAAGGCAAGCCUGAGCACCAUCGUCGAACGACCCGAGAGGAUUAAGGCCAGCGUCUUGGGAGUGUCGGCCGCCUAUGUACGUCUGGGCGAGCGACACCAAGACGGUUCGUUCCCGAUUCAUCCGGAUCAGCAUCCCAGCAACCUCCCUUCGGUACCUUUUCUCAUACAAAAGACGACUCGACGACUGGCCAUCACAUCUCCGACAGUAACCAACGUACAUGGCACGAAAUGGAUGGAGGAACUCAAGAUCAUGUGCGAUACCGCUGAAGCGAAGCUGGCGACGAAUGGCAAAGAACUUCAACGUCCGGAUAUGGAUCGUGGACCUGAUGCGGAAGAGCCUCCAAAGUUCCAUGAAGGUGACCUCUAUCUGUGUGCAGAAUCACUAGAUGCUAUGGAAGGAGCUCUCGGCGGUGUCUGUGAGGCCGUCGAUGCGGUGUUUAAGCCUGAGGGUCCGAAAAGGGCUUUUGUAGCUAUUCGCCCGCCUGGCCACCACUGCUCCGCCUCGUAUCCUUCGGGCUUUUGUUGGGUUAACAACGUUCAUGUGGGCAUUAUGCACGCAAUUCUGAGCCAUGGCUUGACCCAUGCCGCCAUUAUCGACUUUGACCUCCACCACGGUGAUGGCUCCCAGCAAAUUGCUUGGCAGCACAACUCAAGAGGCGUAAAGGCUGCAAAGAACGCAGCGAUGUGGAAGAAGACCUCCAUUGGGUACUUCAGCCUUCACGAUAUCAACUCGUAUCCUUGCGAGACCGGCGACGACGAAAAAGUUAUGAACGCGAGUGUAUGCAUCGACAACGCUCAUGGACAGAAUGUGUGGAAUGUGCACCUACAGCCCUGGGAGACAGAAGAGGAUUUCUGGGCACUCUACGAGUCCAAGUACACCGUCUUGCUUGAGAAGGCGCGCAGCUACCUUGUCACACAGGCGGAGCGCUUGCGAGCAGCAGGCCAAAACGCCAAGGCAGCCAUCUUUCUUUCUGCUGGUUUCGAUGCCAGCGAAUGGGAGGGCGCUGGAAUGCAGAGACACGAAGUCAACGUCCCCACAGAGUUCUAUGCUCGAUUAACCCGAGAUGUAGUACGGAUUGCAGCAGAAGUGGAUACGGCUGUAGAGGGCCGAAUCGUCAGCGUACUGGAGGGAGGAUAUAGUGAUCGGGCGCUUUGCUCUGGCAUCAUGAGUCACGUUUGCGGCCUUGCUGGAGCUGGUUCUACUGGAAAUGGCAAAGCUCAUGAUCAGUACAACCCUUCGUGGUGGUCUGCUGCUGCGCUUGAACAUUUGGAAACCACACUGUUGACCCCCCCACCCGAACCACCAAAGCCCCCUCGGAACGUUGCGACUCCUACCUACUGUUCACCUACACAGGCCUCUACGGCACGGUCUGUAGCGCCACGGAGAAGUAUGUCCGGACUCCAUCAGCACGCACUCAUGGCAGCCAACAGGCCGAUGUCACCAAUGCCGGCGAGAAUACCGAUGCCCCCUGCUCCAGAGGUUCCGUGGGCUAUUGCUGCUUGCGAACUGAGCAAGCUUCUUAUUCCGCGCGACCGCCAAACGGAUAGCUGUACUCACACAGAUCUUAAUGCUGAGGCCACCAAGGCUCGUCGGGAGCGCCAGUUAGCCCAGGCGAAUACUUCGGCGUCCGAUGCUGGCACUGCAAACUCGUCGGAUCGGCCCUCUACAAGGAUGGCCUUAAGGGAGCGUAAGGCCAAGCAAGCAGUGCCUAUCAAGGAGGAGGACACAGACGAAGACCGAGUGGACGCUGUGUCCGCAGGAAAGACUGGUGUGCCCCGAGGAGGCGCUCGUGCUACACGUAGUCGACGCCUUAGUGCUGCUUCGACCAUCGUCCCAGACAGCCUUGACUCGUCUCCUCCAAGCCACAGAUACUCAGCCACAAAUGCGGAAGAUGAUGGAAGACCGGAAACAUCCAUGAGCAUCAGGCCCGAGUCUUCAAUGAGUGUCAGACCGCAGGGGAACCCUCUUGUGGUCAAUAAGACGCGGGGGCCAGCAAAGAGCAAGAAUGUUCUGCAAGCACCGAGGACACAGAGGCAGAUUUCAACUUCAACCAUCGAAUCAGCAAGGAGCUCCAACGCAUCCCUAGUAUCACCAGCUUCGGCUUCCCUUAACGAUCAGCCAUCAACUGGUAGCAAUGGCGACGGCGUAGAUACAGUGACCGGCGGGAUGAAGAAGGUUAAGAUUACUCUUAUCACACAAGCCCAGAAAGAGGCUCGCGAGCGGGAGCGUGCUGCGAAAGAAAACGCCGGUGCGAUUUCUGUCGUUACAUCCAACCUACAGGAAAACAAACUUCGUCAACAACAGCCUACGCAGACACCCGUUGCCACAGUCCAAUCUCCCACCGAAAGCAACACCACCUCUCCCGCGCCAUCCACGCAGUUCUACACUCCCAACUCACAAGGUCGGAACUCAUUUUCCUCCUCCGAAGACAUGGACGCCACGGACAAGUAUCCGGAGCUUUUUGGGCACCAUCACCUCCAAGACGGGGAUGGUGACAUCGACAUGGAAGAUUUCGAAAUACCCGCUCUUGCAUCCACGCCCAUGCCUAGUCGUACUUCAUUCCCUCUACCGUUGAGGCCUCUUCAAGAGUCUUCCACUCCCUUGGAAAACUUCAUACAGUACCAGCCUCCUGCUGGCAAGCACCAGGCCUCUGUACCAGCACAGACACCAACUAGUCCCGGACAAGCUAUGAACAGAAAGGACGUGCCCGUGUUUACUGCCACCUCAGCCAUUCCCUUUUCGCCCCAGAAGACGGAGCCAUUGCAGCAGUCUCCGGCGCCGUCUACGCCUGCUUCAUUGCCAAGUGUGAUCUUUGCUGGACAGAAGCAGGAAGAGAAGGAAGAGGUUGUGGAGACGCCAGAGAGGAAUUGAUUCGAUGUCUGAAAGAAGAGAGGGGGUGGAGGGAUGUGCUUGCUUACUAACAUGAAAAAGACACAUGGUGUUUGCGUUCUCUGUACGCUGUACGUACACAGUUUGAUAAUGUUUAAACUCUGUGCUGUCUGGUUCGGGAAUCUACCCCAGGAGGUAGGUAUUAAGUUACUUGCGGCGCGAAAGUUUGGGUGCUGUUGUGUUCUUUUCUGACGGUGUUUGGAGCAAUGCGAUCGAUGCAUUUUUGCUUGUAUCCUUCUAUCUUUGAGCCGGCAGACAGUAGGUGCUCUGUAAGCAGUCUUCUCUGGCUUGUUCUCCUUCCCUACCCUGCUAGGAUAGUGUUUGGAAACUUGCAUGUUUGAAAUGUUUAAUGUCUUGUCUUGUUAUUUGGCAGCUUUUUGUCCGCUAUGCGUUAGGAAUUAGAAACGAAAAUAAACAUUUCAAGCAUAUCCGAUGAGCUUGAAUCCCAUCUCCUC